AUGUCGCAUUAUCGCGAGGACUAUGGCCGUCCGGUCGAGUCGAGCUCUAGGACUUGGGUUCGCGAGCGUUCGCGCGAGCGGUCCGUAGAGCGUACCCCAGCUUUCCUACGUGACCCCCGCCGCGAAGCCGGCCCUAUGGUGCUCCGCCAGCGCGAAGUCGAAACCGUCUCCCGGGCGAGGCACCGCAGUCCCAGCCCGGUUUACAUGGAGAGAGAGCGCUUCGCCCGACGCGCCCACAGCGUUGCGCCCUCCGACGUGACCGUCGACUCAAGGAGGGUUGUCGUCUACGGCCACGAUAGGGCUCCGAGCCCCGAGCCCCGUCGCGGAAGGAGCAUUUCGCGGGUGUCGUCGUUGUUCGGCCCCCAAGCCCGAAACCCCAGCCACCCCGCCUCGAGCCAAGUCUCGUGGCCGAUACAGGACACGGAGAUCGACAUCUAUACGUCGAGGAACGAAACCGAGGUAGACAUCCGCAAGACCGAUGGCCGCUCGCGCUCGCGCUCACACCAAAGACCUCGCGUUGCGUAUCCUGAUGAUCGUGCUGUCGUCGCUGCCAGCCACGACCGGCUGAUGGUAGAUUACAAGAGCCGCCGUCGCGCUCACUCCGCUGCGCCCAUGCCCGUUCGCAACUACGGCCCUGACCGGGAGGAGGCUGAGGAAAUUACCCGAAAGAUCGACUCUCGCGGCCGCUGGAUGUCCCCCGGGACGGAGCGUGUCCGCAUGGAUGGUGCCGGCGGCGCAUCCGCCGAGGUUUCAUGGAAAAAGUACAGCGGAGUUCGGCGGACCCAGUUUAUUCCGGAGCGCGACGAUGAUGUCCUCUACGGACAACCUCUCGCCACUAUGGAGGAGCCGUCACGAAGGAGCCGGGACAGCCUCAGCAUCCACAUUGUGGAUGAGAAGAAAAAGUCGGAGCGCCGCGUCAUCCGCCCCUCUCAGCCAAUCCCAUCCCGGGAGACAUGGACCGAAAUCACCAUGGAUCUGGUAAACCGCGAGGCGUUGAAGAGGAUGGGCUAUCCGUUUGAUCAGCGCCCUCCCUUUUUCUACGUGAUGCAGCGUUUGUCAAGUCGCAAGAUCAACGAGCUAGUCGAGUUGACUGCCCAAAUCCGACGCGAGAGGCGCCUCAGAAAUCGUCAUCGUGUUCGGGAGCAGGAGACGGAUACGGUCAUCGUGCGAAAGCAUAAACAUCGGCACUACCCCAGCAUGACGACUUCCGGUGUAUAA